AUGCCGAUUCACGAUCUGUUACAGGCCUCAUGGCUUCCUUCAGCGGAGGCGAAACCGGUUACCGGAGGGGCCAAGGUUCUCGACCACCCCCGUGUCUAUGGCACGGUAGCUUUAACAGCCGCCUUUGCCGCCGGCAUCCUCGUCACUCUCGGCUUCAAGGACUGCUACCCCGAGCUAGAAAACCGGUACCAACGGCGUCGGAACCGCAACCUAAGCCGAUCCAAUGGCGACUUCGGCGUCGUAGUACCCACGGCCAACCGGGUACACCGCGAGAGUCUGAUCUUCGGUCCCGUCCGACUAGAAGACCACGAGGAAGUAACAAGCAACAUCAACAGCAGUUUCGACUGGGUCGAGGGCAUCGAGGGCUGCAUCGGCAACACCCCCCUGGUCCAUAUCCGCAGCCUGUCGGAGGCAACAGGCUGCAUCAUCCUCGCCAAAGCCGAGCUCCUCAACGGCGCCGGCGGUAGUCCCAAGGACCGGGUGGCGCUCAACAUGAUCCAGGACGCCGAGGAGCGCGGGCUCCUUGUUCCGGGACGCGGCGACACCAUUUAUGAAGGCACCGUGGGAAGCACGGGUAUCUCGCUUGCCACUUUGGCGCGCGCCAAGGGGUAUAAGUGCCACAUCUGCAUGCCGAACGAUAUGGCCAUCGAGAAAUCGCAGCUGCUGCACCACCUAGGCGCGACGGUCGAGCGGGUUAACCCAGCGCCCAUCACGUCUCCCGACCACUUUGUCAAUCUAGCGCGCAGGCGGGCGCGCGAGCACGAGGCGGCGCACGGCGAUGGCAGCGUCGGGUUUUUCGCCGACCAGUUCGAGAGCACGGCCAACUACACGGCACACGUCAAGACCACUGGCCCGGAAAUCUACCGCCAGACGGGCGGGCAGCUGGACGCCUUCGUGGCUGGCGCGGGGACCGGCGGCACCAUUGCUGGUGUGGCCAAGUACCUGAAGGAGGAGAAGAAUCUGUGGGACACGCGCGUGGUGCUGGCGGACCCCCAGGGUAGCGGGCUGUACAACAAGAUUCGUCACGGUGUAAUGUACUCGUCGACGGAGCGGGAGGGCACGCGCCGGCGGCAGCAGGUGGAUACGAUCGUGGAAGGCAUCGGCAUCAACCGCAUCACGGAAAACUUCGAAUCGGGGCGGGUGCUGAUUGACGAUGCCGUGCGGGUGACGGAUGAGCAGGCAUGCCGGAUGGCCCGGUGGUUGGUGGAGCACGACGGCAUCUUCUGCGGCAGCAGUACGGCUGUCAACUGUGUGGCGCAGUCGUAA